CACUGGAGCGCCUAGUCCUGGCUUCUGCAGCGUUGUGGUCGGUGGUCAGCGGCAGUCUUUCCUCAGUUCCGGCGAGCCUUUUUCCUGGUGUUGCUGCUCUCGUUGCUGUUGCAGUUGCCGUCGCAGUCGCUGCCGUCACCGCCGCCGCCACAACCACCGCCACCGCCACCUCCUGAUCUGCGGGAUCAUGGUGUGCUUCCGCCUCUCCCCGGUUCCCGGCUCGGGGCUCGUUUUGCUCUGCCUCGUCCUGGGAGCUGUCUCAUCCUAUGCACUGGAACUUAAUUUGACAGAUUCAGAAAAAGCCCUUUGCCUUUAUGCAAAAUGGCAAAUGAAUUUCACAAUACCUUAUGAGACUACAAGCAAAAGUUAUAAAACUGUAACCAUUUCAAACCUUGGCACUCCAACAUACAAUGGAAGCAUUUGUGGGGAUAACCAGAAUGGUUCCAGAAUAGCGGUGCAAUUUGGAUCUGGUUUUUCCUGGAUUGUAAAUUUUACGAAGAGUGUGUCUGUUUAUUCAAUUGACAGCAUCUCAUUUUCCUACAAUACUGGUGAUAACACCACAUUUCCUGAUGCUAAAGAUAAAGGAAUUCUUACUGUCAAUGAGUCUGUGGCAUUCAAAAUUCCAUUGAAUGACAUCUUUAGAUGCAAUAGUUUAUCAACUUUAGUAAAGGAUGGUGUUGUCCAGAACUAUUGGGAUGUUCAUGUACAAGCUUUUGUCCAAAAUGGCACAGUGAGCACAAACGAGUAUCUGUGUGAGAAAGAUAAUACUACAACCACAGUGGCCCCCAUCGUUCCCACCACCGUGCCAUCUCCUACUACAACGUCAUCUCCUACUACAACACCCUCUCCAAAGGAAAAACCAGAUGUUGGAUCUUAUUUGGUUAAAAAUGGCAGUGAUACUUGUCUUCUGGCUACCAUGGGGCUGCAGCUGAACGUCACUCACGAUAAGGUUGCUUCAGUUAUUAACAUCAACCCCAAUGUGACUGGCUACAGUGGCAGCUGCCAUCCUCAAACUGCUCUACUUAGGCUGAACAGCAGCAACAUCAAGUAUCUUGACUUUGUCUUUGCGGUGAAAAAUGAAAACCGGUUCUAUCUGAAGGAGGUGAAUGUCAGCAUGUAUUUGGCUAAUGGCUCUGUUUUCAGCUUUGCAAAUAACAACCUUAGCUACUGGGAUGCACCCCUGGGAAGUUCUUAUAUGUGCAACAAAGAGCAGACUGUUUCAGUGUCUGGAGAAUUUCAGAUAAAUACCUUUGGUCUAAGGGUUCAGCCUUUCAAUGUGAAGGAUGGAAAGUAUUCUACAGCCCAAGAGUGUUCGCUGGAUGAUGACACCAUUCUAAUACCAAUUAUAGUUGGUGCUGGCCUUUCAGGCUUGAUUAUCGUUAUAGUGAUUGCUUACCUAAUUGGCAGAAGAAAAAGUUAUGCUGGAUAUCAGACUCUGUAACACUAAUCCAUCUCUGGAUUAGUGAUCUCUGUUACAAAACAAUAAAGCAAGUACAAGUUCCAGUAUGCAAUACUGUUCAAUUUAAGGUAUAUUUAGUUGCAGUUCUGAUCUUAGAAUGGAUGGUAUGGGGGAUUUUGAACUUAAAUAAAAACACCCCCAAAACUAUAAACUACAAAUUAGUCACGUGAUUUUGGGUUUCCCCUACCAAGGAAUUUAAAGCUGUUAUUUCUACAGCAAAAGGCAUGUGCAAAAUCACCUGGAUUAUAGGUUCUAUUUUAUUGUCUUGAAUUACUACUUCGGUGUUUUCACUUUGGGUAUUCUGACUAGAAAUAUACAGUUGAAGAAAACCAGUUUUUAAAAAGAAAUUAUUUCUUGCAUGUAGUCAUAUUGAGACGACAAAUUCUGCAGUGGAUUUGUACUUGCUCCUUUUGCUUUUUUUUGGUGAUUUUGUUUGCAGGUGAACUUAGCUGCUUUGGCAUGGCUGCGUAUUUGACCUAUGAGAGAUAGGCCAGUAGGUUUCAACAGGGUCUGGUCUAGUAGUGUUAUGUUCUUAGCAAUGAGUGCUUUUCUAAUGCCUUUUGAAUACAUUUGUAUUCAAUGUGGCUAUAAUGACAAAAGAUAAAAAAGCUUUUUAAGUUUUAGAAUAGGUGUUAAUCUUAUUGUUUAAUCCUUUUUAAAAAAACUGGAUAUUUCAAUCUUUUAAAUUGCAAGACACAAGACUAUUCCAACUGGGCAUUUCAAUCCAUUUUCUAGGUGCUUUAGAGAUAAUUGCUAGGCAGUGCCAGUUUCGGGCAUUAGUCCUUUGUACCCGUAAAUUGGCCUCUACCUGCAGUGCUAAGAUUAAUGUAGGUUUCUCUUUAGCCUUCCAGUAUCCUUGUUGGUGGUAGUAUGUUUUCUUCUUUUCUUUUCCUUAAGAAGAAAUGCCAGUAUGUCCUAGAACCUAGAUAAAGAAGUGCACUUACACUUCUUAUAAAGUAACUUGCACCUAACGCAAAAGUCUUGGUCUUCUCUUAGUCCAUUAAAAGGUAGUUCUUUGUUUCCAGCUUGCAUUGAUUGCCACAACAUUUACUAAUUUGGCUUUCACAUUUAAGUGGUUCUGUGCUAAUCAAAACUUACAUUAUUAUUGUUCAUUAUGGUAGAGUCAUUAUUAAUUCAUGUAUUUUGUGUUCAGUUUUGUGCUCUGGGGAGAUGCACCAAUUGUCCAUUUACUGUGCACCACCUAAUGUUUAUAUGAGAAAGCAAAACAUUUCAGCCUGAUAGUUAACACAUCAAGUAGUUCUUGCUGCUUCUGAGAGAUCAUUUUUAUUAUUGGAAUGGCUGAGCAAAUAUUAAAAAAUUGUUAAUAUGCAGCAUAUAUGGAAGGUUCCUGUGUUUUUGUGUGUGGGAGAUUAUGUGUGUCCCCCCUCCCCCCCAUUCACUAGAAAAUGAGAUCUCUGGGUUCCACGAUAUUAUUGAUGUUGAAUUAAUUUGAUAGAUUACCUACAUGCACACACGCGUGCACACACACACAGACAAUUGCGUAUUAGCACAUGUAUGUCUGUAACUAUCUUUCGAGUUAUAUUGGUGUGAUAAAUAUUUUCUCCCACUUAAAUUUGCUCUCCAUUUAGAGUAGCCUGAAAAUCUUACUGACUCAGGAUCAGACUCUGACUAGUCUUUCUCUUAAAGCUACAUUGAGCUGCGUUGCCAACUUAAGGUACUUUUUAAAGACUAAAUAUAAAUCUAAUUUUUAAAAAUUAUUUUUUAUUUAAAUAGUGUUUUAAUGUAAGAUUGUUAACCUUAUAAAAAUGGAUAAUGCUUAUGAGAACGUGGGCCUUAGAUAUUUCUCAUGAGUCAAAACAAAGCAGCUUUUUUUAAAAAUAAAAAUUGGAAGCACAAGUGGGUGGCACUGGCUUUACGCUGUUAAUGUUUCUAAAAGUUUCUAAAUUUAGAUUACAUACCUGAUUCAUAUUAAAAUACCUCUAAUUAGCACUGUUUUAUAGAAAAUCUGACUUCAUUGAAUAUUUUUGUACUUUACGUGGGCCAGUUUGUAUACUGUUAUUUACACUAUUAUUUCUUAUAGCCACAUUCUUUGUACCUUUUGUAGUUUUCUUUGUUUUAGUGGGUUUACACCUUGAUAAUCUAACAUGCUAUUUAGUUCUAGGUGUGUUUCAUGUUUUAGCAUUUGUAUAAAGAAACUGGUCCAUGUAAAUACUUCUCAUGUUUCUUUUUCAAAUGUUUAAACCACUAGUUGAUGUAUGGUAUUUCUCUUUAGAUAUUUGCUUGUUCAUUUGCUCAUCAUAUUGCUUCUAAAAAAACAAUAAAGGUUCGUUUAUUUCGUAAGGAAA